UUGGCAUUUGAUACGAGCAUUUUCAUAGAUAGAAUAGGCCUAGAAAUAAUAAGUAAAUCUAGUCAUGUCCCAGGGAAGUCCACAACCCAGUGAUAUGCAGUCCCUGCGCUGUCUGCACUGUAUGAAGGUAAUCCGCUGUUCCCGCUACGAUACCAGUGAGCUGGUGCGUCACAUCGAGAAGGAUCACCCGGAGAUCUACGCUGUAACCUCCGAUAAGAUCAAGAAUUUGCACAAGCUGGCCGCGGACCACGGCAUUAGCGAGGAGCGCCUCUCGAAGAUUAGCAAGAUGACGGGUCUUUCGGAGUCCCAAAUGGCCGAGGAGGCGGAAAAGUAUAUGGCCAAGAAGAAAAGUUCUGGGCGAGGUUCCGGUGCUGGAGAGCCUUCAGGAUGCAGUGCAGCAUCCUCGAAGUCGGGAAAGUCUGGUUGUCCCUGUCCAUGUCCACCUGUUUUGGACAAAGCGAUGGCACAUCGUCGAAACAGCUAUCGGACGUCCAUCGAGCGUUGGGCUCCGGCGGAGGGACGCAUUUUCUGUCCAUGUUGCGCAUCCAAUAAGCGUCCACUGAUCAAGGCCGCUUCGGAGAUUACGGACAACGGAUGCUGUGUGGCCUGGGUGGUAUCUUGCUGGCCCCUGUGCUUCCUGCCCUGCCUGAUGUCGUCGGAUAAUAAGGAAUACCUAUACUGCUCUAACUGCCGCACUUUUCUCGGCAUCUAUGAUCGUGAAAAUAGCUGUGUGCAGCCCAGCAAGGAGUUUGUGUCCUGUAGCAAGUCAGUCACGCCUCCGCCCAAAAUGCCGCUCCAACCGCCGCACCAAAAAUCUUAGAUAAUCUUUGUACCUUGAUAUUUUAAAUUGUUUGUGUGUAUAUUUGGCUUAUUAACAAAAAAAAACACUUGUCCAAAUAAUAUAUUAAUAUUUAAUAUUGUAAA